GGAACUGCCGGCGGCCCGGACGCCACGUGCGGGCGGGAGGAGAACCGUCCCUGCUCCAGUUUCUUUCCAGGGUGCUGCCCCGUUGGAAGAUUACCUCCCAGGCCUCCCUUGCCCCGAGUGGUAAGCAGAUUGGGAUGGUACCCAGAGAAGCCACUGAGCCUUCCCAGCACCUGUGCCCUUUGCUGGCGAACCCAAAUGCCAAGGAUGUGCUUCGGAGAAAGCACAAGCGGAAGAGCCGACAGCACCAGCGGUUCAUGGCCCGGAAGGCCUUACUGCAGGAGCAGGGGAUGCAGAGCAUGCCCCCAGAGCCAGCAUUCUCCCCACCACCCAUGACAUCAGAGGCACCGCCAGGCACUGAAGCUGCCAGCCGUGGGAGGCAAGGUCCAAGGGCUGAAUCUGGAGGUGCCCCAUGCAGUAGAAAGCCCACCCCCAGGGAAUCCUCUGGCGCCUUGCCCAGAAAGUGCGUAGCUAUCGAUUGCGAGAUGGUGGGCACGGGACCCCGAGGGCGGGUGAGUGAGCUGGCCCGCUGCUCGGUGGUGAGUUACCACGGUGACGUCCUCUAUGACAAGUACAUCCGGCCUGAGAUGCCCAUUGUGGACUACCGCACUCGCUGGAGUGGCAUCACUCGGCAGCACAUGCGCAAAGCCAUCCCCUUCCAGGUGGCCCAGAAAGAGAUCCUCAAGCUCCUGAAGGGCAAGGUGGUGGUAGGGCACGCCCUGCACAACGACUUCAAGGCCCUCAAGUAUGUCCACCCUCGGAGCCAGACCCGGGACACCACAUGUGUCCCCAACCUCCUCAGCCAGCCCGCCCUUCAGACCCGGGCCCGGGUCUCUCUGAAGGACCUGGCCCUGCAGCUGCUGCACAAGAAGAUCCAGGUGGGCCAGCAAGGGCACUCAUCCGUGGAGGAUGCCAUGACUGCCAUGGAGCUGUACCAGCUGGUGGAGGUGCAGUGGGAGCAGCAGCAGGCCAGCCAUCCCUGGACCCACCCCGAGGACAGGGAGCCUGACAGCAGCACGGACAUGGAGCAGUACAUGCAGGACCAGUACUGGCCUGAGGACCUGGGCCAGGGCCCCAGCGGGGGGGAGAGGGAAGCACAGGACAGCAGGGUGUGAGGGAGGAGAGGCUGUGGGUGGUUGCUGGUGAGGGGAGUGGGGCCAGAGAGCACUGGGCAUUUCACCUGAGUGGGGCAGGAGGCAGCCAGCUUCCCCAGAUCCAAGGAGUGGGGAUCGUCUGUCCUCUUGACUCCCUGUGCCCACAGCACAGUAGUCCUCUUUCCAGGGCUGUUGUUGCCCCCGCCCCCACCCCUACUCCUGUGGUUUUGCUAAUGGCACUUUAGAGACACAGUGAAAAUGUCAGGUGGACUAGCUACUAGGGCCCCAAAGGAGUAGGAUCUGUCCCAAGGGACUGUCCCACGCUGUGGCCUCCCCGCCCCCUGGGAGGAGUGGGGUGGGUAUCAGUCUGGGAGCUCCUGCAUUUCUUCCUGUGCCUCCACCCACCUCUUCCUCCAGAGCCACUGUCAGGUUCACAGUAAACAUGCCCUGAUGCCUUAGCUUUAAGGCUGCUCUGGGCACCCUUCCCUUCUCUCUGUUGGAACUCUGGCUGUGGCUGUGAGAGGCGCUGGUGCCCUGCUCCGAUGGGACAGCAGAGCCCAGACCUGGCCCCAAGAGCACUGGCGCUGUCCCGGGAGCAGGAGAAGCGGACAAGCUUUGGGUGGCGACUGGCAUUUUUAUUUUGACCCAAAUCAGGCAUUUCCCUUGCUCAUGCAACAGUAGGCUCUCUUAAGCAAAAACCUGAGAAACAGGACAGCAGUUUUGUUAUCUGGGGUCUCUGCAGAACUGCACCCAAGGGACUGGCCUUUCUUUAUUGAGAGCAAGGCCACUGGGAGGAGGGUCUGCAUGUUGGCUGGGGCAGGGGCACCGGCAGCAGUGAGUGUGCCUGCCCUUAGUGGCUGCCCCUUCAGGCACUUUGAUAAUCACCAUGGUGGCUGGGUUUUCUCCAAGUUUCUAGAAGUGGUUCUGUCAGGAUUUCACCUCCCAUCCCUCUUUCCUUGUUUCCUAAGGGGCAAUUUGGGGUAUUGGGGUAACUGAAAACUAAGGUCAUACAGACCUUUGAGCCCCUCUACUGCUUUUCCCUGUCACUUAAUAGCUUUGAGACCUUAGGCACCUCUGUGACUACACUCUUGAGCCUGAUCCCACAUCUGUGAAAUGGGGACAAUGAUCAGACUUACCUCAGGGAUGUUAUGAGGGUGAGAUGCCAGAUCCCAGCACAGUGCCUGGCACAUGGGACACUCUUGUCCAUGUGAGCUGCUGGUUUUCCUGAAGGAUUGGUUUCAGCCUCUACAGGGUAGCACCUGAACAUGCCCCCAAUUGAGGGACUUUGGCCAGGGCAGAGCUGUCCUUGCUUGGUUGUUGCAGCAGGUAGGGCCGGCCCGUGGUGAGGGCACCGCAUGAAGGUUCAGGGUUCUCACUGCUCUCCGUGGCUGUGUGGCCUGCGUGUCGCCUGUGUCCCUCUGCUGUGUGCCAGAGGUGACGGUGGUUCCUCAUGUCAGGCUGAUCAAAGCAGCAGGGCCAGGAAGGAACAGACACUGAUACCACACUACUGCGACCCAGGGCUGUAGAUUGUUAGGUCACCAUCUCUGUCCCCAUCGCAGGUGCAUAGGGAGCUGGCUGUGUCAUGGACCCCUGCUCGCCAGGCUCCAGCCCUCUGUUCUGGAUUCCUUAAAAGUCUAGCUAAUGCCAGGCGCACAGCUGGGCAGUAGCUUCUAUUCUUUUGUCUGUGGGUAGAAGGAAGAUGAAGCUGUCACUAGUGUAGGAAUGGACAGGUUCUAAAUCAGCACCAUUGUAAAACUGGUCUGGAAUAAAACUCAGUGGGAAAAGGUGAGGCCGGUGUUUUGUGUGACUCCUCAAGCGAGGGCAGGAGGGACGCCAGGUUGGGGGUGGAAGGGUGCUGAGCUGCCCAGUCUGGCUGGGAGCUUUGGCCUCUGAGGUGGGCGGCUUUGGAGACGAUGCUUUGGGAAGCGGCAAGAACAUAGUAGAGCUACGAGUUUAUAUAGUAUACAUAUUAAACGUUGUAUAACUGCCCUA